CAAGCGCUCCGGCUGCCAAAAUGGAUAUUUUCAAGCAAAUCUUGCCAGAAGUGAGGGGCAUUUUAUUAACGGCUUCGGCCCUGCAAGUUCAAAGCUUCCUGGACUCCCUGCUGAGUGAAGGAAUGAUAUCACAGGAAUAUUAUCAGACCUUACUCUAUGAAAAAGACCCUGAGGACUUAGCAAGGAAGGUUGCUCUGACCCUGCUUGGAAAACAGGCUGGGCCAUCCAGUUCCAGCUGCGUCUCUUACUUACAGCUUUCUGGCAAGUCUAAAGAAAACACUAAGAAUGCAGCUGUCUCACUGAGGACUAGAAACUUGACCGGUGACCUGAGCCCUGGAGGGAUCCCACCGGAGACCCACUGCCUGCAGAGCGAGAGCCCCCCACCAUCGAUGGCUGAGAUGGCGCCCGCAGUUCAAGCGCCUGAGGCGGUCAGCGAGGAUCCAGAGAGCACCGAGGUCUUCUACACGGUGGAGAGGGACGAAAGCGGAGAAGUCGUCUGCCUCUGCUCCAACAUGGGGGAGGCCUACAACAAAAUCGCUGCCCUGGCUGAAUAUUUGCUGAAGGACCAGCAAGAUGCCCCGGUGGACGAGCAUUUUGAAAGCCUCUUUUGGGAGGUGGGGGCUGCGGAAGGGCCUGGGGGCUGCGCAGAGGCCAAAACCUGGGGACCAUCCUCGGAGGCCCCCGAAGCCAAGCGCCAGAGGCUGGCUCACCCACCGGCUCUGUGCAUUGUGAGCGGGGACCCCCUCGCCACUCCCCCUCGCCCCGGCCAGGAUGGCACCGGCUCUCCAGGCGACUUCCACGUGCAAGUUUUGGUGGCCUCCGUGGGCCCUGCGGGCAGAUCUCCAGAAGCGCUCGGGCCCUCUGCCAAUGGGCAGCUCUGGUGCAUCCCACGCCACGGGAGCAACAUCCAGAUGAUCUUCACCUUCGGAAACGCCCAGCAACCCUGCUUGCCUGCAGAUCCCCCAACCUGCCCAGGGUCGGGGCGGGCUUUCUGCAAGCGGCUGAAGGAGCAUUUCCGCAGAGAAUGCCGUCCGGGGCCUGGGCAGCCCCCGGGACCCUCCUUCGUGUACCUGGAGAAGGACUUGGUGCAGCAUCACCUGGACGGCAGGGGCGGGAGGCGUGCGGGUCGGAGGCGCUGCCACCUGGGAGAGCAGGCCUCCGUGGAGAGGAGCCACUUGUUCCAGGGCACCAGGAAACCCGGCCUGGGCAGCAGAGUCAUCCUGGUCUUGGGCAAGGCCGGCACGGGGAAAAGCCACCUGGUGCAGAAGAUCUGCCUGGACUGGGCCGAUGGCCGGAUGCCCCAGUUUGACUUCGUCUUCCGAUUCGACUGCCGGAGGCUGAGCCUGCUGCAGGGCUCCUGCCACGACUUCCGGGCCCUGCUCUCGGAUUCCCUGGGCGGCUCCUGCCAGGGCGUCGAUGACGUCUACCACAGCCUCUUGCAGAAGCCAGAGCGGCUCCUCCUGCUUUUUGACGGCAUGGAAGACCUGAAGGAGGAUCCCGAGGGCUUCUCCUCCACGUCAGGGAGCCCGGCCGGCAGGGGAGCCCACCGCCUGGGUGCCACCUUGGCCCCCCUCUUCCAAAGGAAGGGGCUCAGCGGCUGCACUUUCUUAUUGACCGGACGGCGCAAAGGGAGGCUCCCCCCGUGUUUCCCCCGGGUGGACUCGGUCCUGGAGGUGGUGGGCUUCUCCCCGGAGCAGGCCGCGCUCUGCCUCUCCGGCUCUUUCGAGGGCUCUUCCCCCUGGGAGCAGGAGGCGAACCCCAUCAGGAGCUCCCCUUACCUGCUCAGCCUUUGCUGCAAUCCCGGCCUCUGCCGGUUCAUUGGCCAGGCGGCGUCUGAAAGGAGAGGCCAAGAGCUGCCCUCCACCCUCACGGGCCUCUUCGCCACCUACCUUCUCCAGAAGGCGGCAGGUUCCGGGUGCCAGGCCAUCCCUGCCCUGGCCGAGGUCUCUUGGUCUCUCGGGCAGCGUUACCAAAGGGCCCUCCUGAGCGAGCACUUCCCUUCCGCAGACGCGAAGGAGCUCGCUCUCAGAACGGGACUCAUGGCGGAGCAGCGGGGCGUUUGCGUCUUCUCCAACUUCGCUGUCCAGAAUUUCUUGGUGGCCCUGCAUUUGACUCUGGCCAAAGAGAUCAAGGGCAAAAAACUCACCAAAUUCCUUGGUUUGGGGGCCAAGUUCCGGAAAUUUCUCUCUUCGUGGGGCCUGGUGCCCCGUUUCUUGUCCGGGUUGCUGUUCUUAAAGGACGACCUCAGCAGUUCUCUCCUUUUGGGUAAGGGGGGUGACUUAGAAGACACGGAGAACCUGAUCGCAAGGAAGCAGAGGAGCCUCUCCAGAUUCAUCCGGAAACUUCCCCUGAGGGAUCUCAGGCCGGACAAGUUGCUGGAGCUGCUCCACUGUGUCCAUGAAACCGAAGAUCAGCCCCUCCGGAAGCACUUGGCCCUGGAGCUCCGGCCGGACCUCUCCUUCGUGGGCUUCUCACUCGCCCCGCCAGAUGUCAGCGUCCUGCACGCUGUGCUGGGAACGUCCCCCAAGAAGUUCUCUUUAGACCUGAGGGGGACCGGCAUCCACUUGGAUGGACUCAGGAAGCUGGUUGGCCUGAAGAACGUCACCAAGUUCAGGGUGUCCCUCAGGGAAGCGGUGGGGCUCUGGAAGCACCUGUGGGGCGCCCAGGAGAGGGAAGCCCUGCAGGCAGCCCUGGAGAAGUUCCUGGUGGAGCCCUUCAGGGCGAAGACGAUGGGGGACGUGGACGCCCUUCUCGCCCUGGUGCAGCUGCAGAGAGACAUGGCCGAAGGCAGGGAAGACUCUGCGGGUUCCGGCGUUCGUCUUAUUCCAGCCAUCGCUGGGUUCCUGCAACUAGAAUUCAGCCUUGGGCCCAGCUGCGGCUUGGAGGGCUUCCGAAAGUUGGCGGAUUCUUUGGUGGCCUUCUCGGCUCUUCAGCACUUGGAGAAGCGGCACCCCUGGUGGUCCUCCCCCCUCGGAGAUGAAGGGGUGAGGUCCCUCACCCGCGUCCUUCCUCGCUUGGCGUCCCUGGAAACGCUGAAGUAAGUUUUGUGUUCUGCGGCUCCUGGUGGCAGGAAGCCAGAAAGGUCCCAGGGAGGACCCCCCCCCCAUUGCAUC